AAACAAACCACGCGGCCCGGAGUGGAUAACCCUGGUCUGCUUCGUCUUCAUCUUCGUCUUCAUCGCCUGGCGACCACCUGCUCUCUAAUACCUGAGUUAGAAGAGUUUGCGACUACUUUAUUGUUUUUGUUGUUUUAGAUCAUGUCGUCACCCUUCACGCCGACGCAUAACCUCUACUCGAGCGGCCGCUCCCCGUCCCCGAAGCGGUCGCCGGAGCGAGCAGAACCCAGCACGGUCGAAAACAUUGCAAAGUCGUUCAACGGACUAUACAUGUCCAACGCCGGCAGCAGCACCGCCGACAAGUCCUUUGGAUCGAAGCUCGCCACCGUCGACGAGAACCACGACGAUAUCACGUCCGUGAUUCGGUUGGAUGAGAAUAGAGAUCCGCAUGGCGCUGCUGCCGGGCAGGAGGCGAGAUCGGGAUAUGAGUGCGGAAGUUUGUCGCUUGGGAGGUCUGCGAGGGGGACUACGGGGUUGUCGGCUGAGGAUAUGAAGAAGCUGAAUGAUCCGACGACGAAGCGUCUUGUCAACGCGGCCCAGUUGUACUUCCUUGACUACUACUUUGAUCUCCUGACGUACAUCCACAACCGCAAACUGCGUCUCCAGCGAUUCAAGCAGGCUGCCGAGUACCUUUCCCCCAGCGAGCAGCAGACGCAGUGGCGCUCCUACACCGGUCGCGAGCGCGCCUAUCUGCGCAAACGCCGUACGAGACUGAGAUACGGCGACUUUGAUAUCAUCACCCAGGUAGGCCAAGGUGGAUACGGCCACGUGUAUCUUGCGCGCAAGGCAGAUACGAAGGAGAUCUGUGCUUUGAAGGUUAUGAAGAAGAGCUUGUUGUUUAAGCUUGAUGAGACUCGACAUGUCCUGACCGAGCGAGAUAUUCUCACUGCUGCGAAUACGCCGUGGCUGGUAAAGCUUCUGUACGCUUUCCAGGAUAAAGAAAAGAUCUAUCUGGCGAUGGAAUACGUCCCAGGCGGAGACUAUCGCACGCUCCUGAACAACACCGGCGUUCUCAGUCCGCGCCACGCGCGGUUCUAUAUCAGCGAGAUGUUUUGCGCGGUCGAGAGCUUGCACAAGCUCGGCUACAUCCAUCGUGAUCUCAAGCCGGAGAACUUCCUCAUCGACGCCUCGGGUCAUAUCAAGCUUACUGAUUUCGGUCUUUCUGCUGGAUCACUUAGUCGCGAGCGCGUUGAGAGUAUGCGCGUGAAGCUCGAUGCAGUCAAGAGCACUCGCGUCACGCAUCGAACAAUCAGCGAGCGACAGAAUCUGUAUCGCUCGCUGAGAGAAACAGACUUGAACUACGCCAACUCGAUCGUCGGGUCUCCUGACUACAUGGCCCUCGAAGUCCUCGAAGGCAAGCAGUACGAUUUCACGAUCGACUACUGGUCGCUAGGCUGCAUGCUUUUCGAGACGCUCUGCGGGUACCCUCCUUUCGCGGGCGCCAACAUGAACGAGACGUACUCGAACCUGCGAUGCUGGAAAGACGUCUUCCGCCGCCCGAUCUACGACAACAACCAGUACGCGUUCAGCGACCGCACCUGGGACCUUCUCACCAAGCUCAUCAACGACCAGACCAACCGCCUGCACUCGUUCCAGGAAGUCCAGAACCACGCGUACUUCAGCGAGAUCGACUGGACGCACAUCCGCCGCCUGCAGCCGCCGUUCAUCCCGCAGCUCGACUCAGACGUCGACGCGGGCUACUUUGACGACUUUUCAAACCAGGAAGAUAUGGCAAAGUACAAGGAAGUCCACGACAAGCAGGCGCAGCUCGAAAUGCUCGCCGAGCGGCCGGAGAAAGUUAAUAGGACCGCGUUCAUCGGGUUUACGUUCAAGCACUCGAAAGCACUCUCGAUCUUGGACGACGGACAGCUUAACGAGGGAGCUCGUGGCGCGCGCGGGGGGGCUCAGGGAAUGGACUUUCAGACUAUGUUUUAGACUGGUCUUGAGUGUGAUGACGGAUGCUGUUUUUUUGAGUGCGAGUGCUUCUGAUUUAUAUAUCUUAUACAACCAAAGACGAGAGCGAGAGUGAGAGUGAUUGUGUUUUUUCUAAUUUUCAAUUCUGCUUCGUUUCCUUUCCGUGUUUUUUUUGGUAAUGUGUCCUGUCGUUGUCUAAAUGCUUGGUUUGUCUUGGGAAGAGAACGAAGGUGAAGAGUAGAGUAAACCGAGUCGAUAUGGUCGCAAGCAGCACGCAUUGGACAUAGAUAUCAGGGCGAGUCAAUAAUAAAUAUGAAUACAAGUGUAUAUAUAAAGUCAGAGG